AUGUCGAGCGCAAUAAAAGAGCAGAACUUCAACAACAACAACAGCCGAAAUCGUUCAUCCUCUUCCUCAUCAUUGCUGCUGAAUUCUGCAGCAAAACAAUCACCGCAACAAGCAAUAGGAACAGCAACAACCACUCACGGAUCCUUGUUGUUUUCGUCGACCUCUACGGCUCCUUCCUUUACCAUCAUGAUGAAUUCGGAAGAAGAACACAAUUCUUCAUCAUCAUCACGUGAUGAUGAAAAACCAACGAGUGGUACUCUCCCGACCACAUCAACCACAGCAUUGGGAAGCAAUAAAUUUCGAGUAGCCACUCUGGCAACAACUUCGGGCCAUCAAGCAAUAGCCUCACCACGAGGAAGUUUAAAAGUCUUCUCAUCAUGGGUCAAUCAUCAAAUGCGGAGUACACAAUGGAUCAAUGAUUUAGCUCGUAAUUUCAACAUGUUGGUGUCAGCCAAUCCAAGUUAUAAUCAUGAACAUGAGGAUGACGAUGAUGAAAAUUCUUUAUUGCAAGAAAAUAAUCAACAACAGCACAACACAAACAUGAAGGGAUUUUCAAAUUCAUUUGUGCACAUGCUACGACCACAAAAUCAGCAAAUUUAUUACUCUCCCGAUAAUCAUCAGAAUGUGGAUAGCAAUGAUUUAGAAGAUCAUAAUGGUUUAAGUAGUGCUCAAGAAAAUGAAGAAACCUCUUUCGUACAGUCUGAAGGAGAGGAUGAUGAAGAAAUGGAAAGCACAAUGAUUCAUAACAAAUCUGCCAAAAUAGAAAGAAAAAGCCUUCUUGAAAAACAUCAUGAAUAUGAACUACCAUCAGGAAUUAUUCUCGAUCAUGACGAGAGUGUCAUGCAUAUUGAAAAACCUGCACCAUCCUUUAGAAAGAAUGUUUUAAUUUUGUUUGUGUUUGGAGCACUUGUGACAAGUCUUAUUUGUUACUUGCCAUUGAAUUUCCUAUCUGAUUGGAUAGAGAACAAUGAGGACAUGACCAUUACUCUUUCUCUACUAUUGAAUGGUCUCUACUUGGCAAUAGUUGCAUUUUAUUUGUUUAUUUUGUUCUAUGUGCUAAUUUACAAAUUGGUUUAUUGCAAAUUAUUGUUGACCUAUGUGGUGACAGACAAGAGAUUAUUUAUUUGUCGUGGUUACUAUCCAUUGGAGACUCUUUUUCAAAAGUUAUCGAGUAGAAUGUCAUGGAGUAUUUUGGAACGUGAAGAUCCAAUCAUGUUCUGGUCCAUGAAGGAUGAAAUUGAACAUCUUUACUUUACUCUCGACAUCAAUGAUUACACUGCAUCAAACAUGUCCAAGGCAGAUAAGGAUUGUGUUGGAAGCAUAUAUUUUGGAUACAGUGUGGAUCGAGUAUUUUUACCCUUCUCGGUAGUCACAGAGAUUACGCAUGCUGGUUUUGUCUCAAUUCCUAACGUUUAUUUCAUGCUCGAUAAGAUUAUUUUACAAUGCAACAAGUUAGGAAAUUAUUCAGUGCAACGCGCUCGAUUACUCAACGCCUCAGAUUCAGAAUUAAAUCCACGAGUGCUGGAGAAGAAAUAUGCACUCUGUGGUUUACCUCUCAUGCUUUGUUUCAAGCAAUCACAUUGUGAUCGAAAACUCGGUAAGAUUACCAACGAAGAGUUAAAUGUGGUGAAUUAUGUAUAA